AUGGUCCGUCUGGGUCCAGAGGGUCCAGAGGGAGUGGCCGCCUACAUGGGACAGGUGACGUCACCGGCCUUUCAGGUGGUCCCGCCUCCGUCACCUGGGACAGUGGCUCACCUGGGACAGGGGCUCACCUGGGACAGGGGCUCACCUGGGACAGUGGCUCACCUGGGACAGGGGGCUCACCCACCUGGACAGGGGCUCACCUGGGACAGGGGCUCACCUGGGACAGGGGCUCACUGGGCUCAGACAGGGCUCACCUGGGACAGGGGCUCACCUGGGUCAGGGGGUCACCUGGGACAGUGGCUCACCUGGGACAGUGGCUCACCUGGGACAGGGGCUCACCUGGGACAGUGGCUCAUCUGGGCUAGUAGCUCACCUGCGACAGGGGCUCACCUGCGACACAGGGGCUCCCAGUUCAGUCAUCAACACGACUCAGUGUCAAACAAGAUAAACUGUGACAUGACCACACUGACAUGUUCACGUUGUAUGGAAGGCUGGACGGAGCACGACUCACGAUGCUUCUUCUUAUCAGGUGACGCUAAGAAAUGGUUAGAUGCACGCUCGUACUGUAUUGAUAAGGGUGGUGACCUGGCUGUGGUUCUGAGUGAGGAAGACCAAAAGUUUCUUACCAAACUUAUUGUGAAAAAUUAUAAAUCCAAAGAGAAAUUUAACGGAUCAUGGAUUGGGUUGCACGACAUGCAACGAGAGAGGACCUUCCGGUGGAUCAACGGCAAAAAUCUUGCCAAAUACAUAAACGAAACUGGACAAGAAACAGACUACUGGGUCAAUGGUCAACCAGACAACAACACACCUGGUUGGUCCCCGGAGGGAUCGGACUGCGUUGUUCUUGUGUUUGAGUUAGAUGAAAGCACAGACAGGGCAAUUAAAAACUGGGAUGACAUUGCCUGCCGUGGUCAGAGAAACUACAUGUGUGAGAGCAAAGCUUUUAUAAUGGAAUGA